CAGUUUUUCCAGACCAUUUCCGUGUCACCGAACAGCAGCAGUUAGGAGUUGUACCAGUUGCCCUAAUAUUAAAUCCCUCCAUUGCAACAGCGCGUAAUAGCCGCGAGCGAAGCGAGCGCGAAAAAAUUUUGGGGCAUAGGAGCACGAAUAUGCUAUUUUGAGCGCUUAAAUAAAUCUUAUAAAGCAGCCGUAAAAGCAGGUAGCUGCACUGAAGCAGAAUUUACGCACUCCCCCAUCAAAGGACCGCGAGCGUAGCGAGCGCGAAAAAAAUUCGGUUUUAUAGCGCGCCAAAAUCGAGCAAAAAUAGCGGGAUGUACUCCUACCCCACACCCUAACUAAAUUAGGGUAUUACCUCUUUCGCUUCCAGAGAAACAAAUGCACAUGUGGACGGACAUUAGGUCGCUUACAAAUGGAAUGUUUACAUGAGCCCAAUGGAUUGGUUUUUUGGAGCAGUGAUGUAGGGUAAAACUGUUAGCGACCACGGACCUUAACGAAUUGUAAAUAGACCCUUCUACAUAUCUCCCUCCGCCUUCUCCCUUUCUUUCUUUUCCUUUCUCUCCCUUUCCUUCUCCCUUUUUUCUUCCUCUUUCUCUUUCUUUCUCCCCCCCUUUCCUCCCUUUCUACCUCCCCUUUCCUCUCCUCUUCACCUCCCCUUUCCUCUCCUCCUACCUCCCCUUUCCCUCCUCCUCCACCUCCCCUUUCGGGAUUUUGAGGUGGGUCGGCCGACCCACCUUGACCCCCGUUUGGGCGCCCCUGAGGAGGUGUGGGAAAGGGCCGGCUGCCUGGAUGACGCCACGUACGAGCUCGCCAUCCGCACGGGGGUGCGUCGGCCCACCGUCCUGUACAAGCGGCGCGUGCAGGACAGGUGGACCAACCCGUACCUGCCGUGGGUGCUGGAGGCCUUCGGGGCGAACACCGACGCGCAGAUCGUGCUCGACGUGUACAGCCUGGUGCGGUACUGCGUGUCGUACGUCACGAAGGCCGAGAAGAACCAUUCGCAGCUGCACAAUGAGAUCAUGCGGCUGCGGCGGGAGCGGGGCUUCGACGACCGCACCUUGAUGAAGAUGCUCUGCUCUCACAUCCUGCGGGCCAAGGAGACGUCGGCGCAGGAGGCCGCGUGGGUGCUGCUCAAGUUCCCCCUGUGCGAGACGAGCCGGAAGUGCACGUUCAUCGACACGUCGCGGCCCGAGGAGCGCGUGCACUGCCCGCGGCCCAACAAGGACAUCAUGGCCAUGCCGGCGGGCUCCACCGACCUCUGGUUCCCAGACAUCUUCGACAAGUACUCCGCGAGGGCCGCCGAGCUCGACAACGUCACCCUGGCCGAGUUUGCGGCCCUCCACCACCAGAGCCAGAAGCCGCGCAGGCGGCGGCGCGUCAUCCGGUACAGGAGGUACGCGGAGAACAGCGAGGACUGGGACCAGAGUGAAAACUUCUACCGGGGCAUGUGCACGCUUCACCUGCCGUGGCGGGACGAGCAGAGCGACAUCCUGCAGGCAGACGACAGCAUGCAUAGUCUGUACUCCCGCCACGAGGACGUCAUUCUGGGCCGGCGCCGGGUGUUUGAGGCGACGCUGGGCCUGGACGACAACAUGCAGGACGAGCUCGAGGCGUGCGUGGCGGAGGACGAGGCCGAGGCGGUCGAGGCGGAGGCCAGCGCACGCGGCAUGCUUGCCGGCAACACCAAGCUGUUCUUCGACGCUGAUGGUGUUGCCGACUUCAUGGACGACGAUGCGCAGGACAUCAACAUCGACCUGCCGGAGCCUGGGAGGCAGCCGGCCGCGGCGAGCGCGCGAGUGCGGCGGCGCGGCGUGUGGGACCGCGAGACCUUCCUGGACAGCAUCCGCCGCCUCAACACCAAGCAGAAGGAGGUGGUGCUGGCGGUCGUGCACGGCAUCCGCACCCAGAGCGCGCCGCGCCUCAUCUACAUCGACGGCGCGGCGGGGACGGGCAAGUCGGUCGUGGCUCGCAACAUCGCCAACGCGUUCGAGGCGUUCUGCCCGGCCAACGACAACGAGGACUCCAGCCGGGUGGUCAUCAGCGCCCCCACGGGCAAGGCGGCCCACAACAUCGGGGGCAGCACGAUGCACCACGCGUACAUCCUGUCCUGGAACCAACAGUCCGACGCCACCCGGCGGCUGAACGAGGGCGCCGACGACAUCAUGGUGCCCCUGCAAGGCCAGGCCCUCGCCAACUUGCAGAACGCCUUCGCCAACGUCCACGGCCAGAUUAUUGAUGAAAUCAGUAUGGUGUCCGACCGCAAUUUUCUGGCCGUCGAUCAGCGUUGCAAGGAGGCGAAGGGGAACGAGGCAGAUUUCGGUGGCCUGUGGACCAUUAUAUUCGGGGAUUUCCGCCAACUGACCCCUGUCGGAGGGAAGCCUGUCUACGUCAGCUCUACGGACUCCCUCGGUGGGAGUGCUCUACUGUGGCAGAAGUUCGAGUACGUGGAGCUGACGCAAAACAUGCGACAGGGCGAAGACAAGAGGUUUGCGGAGAUCCUCGCGAAAAUUGGCGACGCGGAGGUGCCUUUGACAGCCGAAGAGCGCGAGAUGGUAGAGUCGAGGUUUGUCGAUGAAAACAACCUGGUGGUGCCCAACGACUGCCCCAGGCUCUACCAUAGGAACGACGACAAGGACGCGUACAACCUGCGUGAGCUGUUAAAGGCACCUAACCACCAAAUCAUCCGGCUGACGGCGCGCGACCGUGUCCAGCAGACGCGAGGCCUGCUGGGGCCCUCGCGCAGACAACGACACACGAGCGUUGAGACCAUCUUGGACCGCGCCAGGGCACUGCCGACGAGGAGCGCGCAGAACUUGCCGUACCUUCUCCUCGCCGUGGCCGGCCGGCCGUACAAGCUGACCGUUAACAUCGACGUGCAGGACGGCCUGGUCAACGGCGCCGUGGGGGUCCUGGUGUGGGUGCAGGCCGGUCUGCUGAGCCAGCGCUCGCGCACGCCCGGGGUCACCGAGCCGGAGUUGGCCGUGCAAACGCUGUGGCUCCGGUUUUCCGGUGACGUUGGCGCCGGACGCAGCCGCAACAAGCACAGCGAGCUGCAGGCGGCCAUCGCGCGCCAGAGGUGCCUCCCCCUGGAGACGCUGCCCUACGAGCUGCCACCGAUCCCCGAGGCCGACGAGCUGCACGGCCUGGUGCCCAUCGAGCGCGAGGACGCGAGGCUCGUCAAGUGCCUGACCGAGGUGUGGCGCCACGUCAUGCGGCAGCAGUUCCCGCUCGUCCCAGCGCUGUCCGACACCAUCCACUCGUCGCAGGGCAGCUCGCACGACGCGGCCUGCGUCGAGUACUACGACACCAUGCAGAACAAUAUGGUGUACGUGGGAAUGAGCAGGGUGCGCAAGCUGGCCGGCCUGUUCAUCAAGUACAGCGGGACAGGCCUGCGGCGGGUGGCGCGCGGACGGGUGGAGCGCCGGCCCCGCACUGCGGCCGGCCUGUUCAAGCACCCCAGGCUGGACAAGCGGGACGUCAGCAUGGCGGCGGAGAAGCAGAGGCUGCGCAGCAAUCCGUUGACCGUGCCGUGGGCCUCGCUGCUGGAGCGGCCCGCGAACGCGCUGCGAGCGGUGUACGCCAACGUGCAGUCUCUCCACGCCCACCACCGCGACGUUAGCCUGGACGACGUCAUGAUGCAGUCGGACGUCCUGCUGCUGGCCGAGACGUGGCUGCGCCCGGGUCAGACCAUCGACCUGGGCGACGGCAUGCAGGAGGUAGUCCGCUGCGACGCGCCCGCGCAUCAAGAGAGGGCCGCGGGAGGCGUGGCGGUCUACUCGCGGCUGCCCUUCGACGAGGUGCUGGCGGUCGGCACGGUGCCCCGAGUGGAGGCGGCGAGGGCGCGGCGGGGCAGCGAGCUGGCGGUGGCCGUGCUGUACUGCCACACCGACGCCAGGCUCGGUGACAUCCUUGCGGCUCUGAGCCUGGUGCUGCCCGCCGAGCCGUGCGGCACUGUCAUCGUGUGCGCCGACUUCAACGUGGACAUGCGGGCGGCGCCCGGCCGCUGCAUAGCGGACGCCUUCGCGGCCAGAGGGCUGACGCCGAGGAGCGACCUGAGCGCGCCUUCCACUUACUACGGCACCACCAUCGACGCCGUAUUUUCCAACAGUACAGCAACGAGGACCGCACUGUACCAAGCGUACUACAGCCACCACAUUCCUAUGGUUAUCGAUGUCACCUGAGACGGGACAAGUGGUGCGAGGCGAGACAGGCCACGCGGUCCUUGUAUGUUGUGUGCACGGUUGUCAUGACGCAGCCCCCGACGCAGCCGCCGCCAACAACAGCAG